AGUGCCUUGACAUUUGUUUCUCUUGCGUAAAUAGCUAAAGUAAAUUACAAACUUGAAAACUGCUUAAACAUUAAGGCAAACGUGAUUUUUAGAAAGGCUAUGAGCAUUCCAUUAAAGCACUUUAAGAAAGGUUCGUUGAAGCCCCAUCUACCAGAAGAUGGUGUAUUACGCUUCUACUCCAUGCGUUUCUGUCCAUACUCGGAGCGCGCCGCUUUGGUGCUGGCGGCCAAGAAGAUACCACACCACAAGAUCUAUAUAGACCUGAGCGAGAAGCCCGAUUGGUAUACGGACUACAGCCCGCUAGGCAAGGUGCCCGCCAUACAACUCAGCGCUGUGGCUGAUCAGCCGGCAUUAGUGGAGUCGCUAGUCAUAGCCGAAUAUUUGGAUGAAGAAUACCCGGAGCCCUCACUCUAUCCGGCCCAUGCACUACAAAAGGCCCAGGACAAAAUACUCAUAGAACGUUUGUCGCCAGCUGUAAGCGCUAUUUAUCCAGUUUUCUUUACGGCUGAUCCGCCAGCAGAUGCGUUGCAGAACUUUGAAACGGCGCUUGAUGUGUUCGAGCAGGAGUUAAAAAAGCGUGACACGCCCUACUUUGGUGGGCGUGCAGUGGGUAUGGUAGACUAUAUGAUCUGGCCGUGGUUUGAACGCUUUCCAGCUUUAAAGCUGCUGCUGACGGAUAAAUAUGAGCUAGAUAAUCAACGCUUCGGAAAGCUAUUGCAGUGGCGUGAGCUGAUGUUGCAGGAUGAAGCUGUGAAACAGGUGGCGCUGGAUAGCCAAGUGCAUGCCAAGUUUAUGCAGACUCGUCUAGAAGGGAAACCUAACUAUGAUGUGGCCUUUGAGGCAUUGUAGAGCUAAGAGAGAGAGAGAGAGAGAAAUUAAGUAUUUGAAAGGAUUAUACAGGCCUAAACAUAAGCGAAUAAAUAAGAGUAUGUGAAACUUUA